AUGAUCACCUACCUUUGGUGGAGUUCACCUAUAAUAAUAGCACCAUACGAGGCACUAUAUGGAAGAAAAUGUCGAUCACCUCUGUGUUGGACAGAAGUCGGAGACAAGAAACUAUUAGGCCCCGAGAUCGUGCAAAUAACAAGCAAUAAAAUUCAACUCAUCCAACAGCGAAUUCGCACUACCCAAAGUCGCCAGAAAAGCUAUGCGGAUACGAGAAGAUGGGACUUAGAAUUUCAAAUAGGAGAUCAUGUGUUCCUAAAGAUCUUACCCACAAGAAGGGUUAUCCGAUUUGGAAAACGAGGAAAGUUAAACCCAUGUUACAUCGGGCCAUUUGAGAUACUAGAAAGAAUUGGUCCUGUGGUAUAUCGCCUUGCGCUUCCACCCGAACUGUCCAAUGUCCAUAAUGUGUUUCACGUUUCGAUGCUUCGACGGUAUCUUCGAGAUCCAGAGGAUGUUGUUGAUUAUGAGAACUUGGAAGUGCAAGAAGACCUCUCUUAUAAAAAGCAAUCUGUACAGAUUCUCGAUUGUCGUGAUCAGGUCCUUCGAAAUAAGACUAUACCUCUCGUAAAAGUCUUAUGGAGAAACCAUCGUGUUAAAGAAGCAACGUGGGAAACUGAAAGUCAAAUACGAGCCAAAUAUCCACACCUUUUCGAAAACCAAGUGAGGUUUUAUAGUUGGAUAGUGAGGUUUUUCGACAUGAACCUAAUGUAUAAUCAUAAGUAA